AUGUCCUUUAUGGAAGACCUUUUACAACUUCAUGAUUCAACAAUGAAUAUUCAACUUAAAAACUACAUUGAAAAUAUGAUGUUUGGUCGUGGCUAUUAUAAAUCAUCAUCAAGUGCGCCUCGGACUAUGCAUUCAAUACCGUCCAAUAACAGAAUCUCCACUUUAUUCUCGAACGAAAAUCUUCAGUUUUAUGGAACAAUCAAGAUUGGACGUGUUCGUUAUACAACUGCAGACUACUCAAAAUCAAAGGCAGCUGAUGAUUCUGCAGUUCUAUUCAGAAUUCAAGAUGCAAUUCAUUUUGGUUUAAUAACUGCCAUAUUUAUUGCUACAGGUGAUGAAAUUUUACUGGAACUUUGGCCGCUUUCUGAUGUCAAAACCUUAUCAAUAGUUACAAAUGGUCAAAAAAUCUAUAUAACAUCAAUUCAAGAAGGAAAAUUACAUAAAGACAAUAACUAUUAUUAUGUACCAGUAAAUGAUAUCAUUGAAAAAUGCGUCUACUGGAAAAAAAAAUCUAGCACAGUUUGUUUUUUUCGCUAUCCUAAUCUUGAAGAAUCCUCAUGA